CGCCAGCGAAAAGCACCAGCUUGGAAGCGACUCUGUGCUUGCUGCUGUCAGUUGUAACGGAGAUGUACUCUGGUAUCCACCAUUCUAUCUGGAGAGCACGUGUAAGCUGGACAUGUCAAAGUAUCCCUUUGAUGUCAGCGUUUGUCCUGUUGAAAUUUACUCCUGGAUGCAAGAUAACACCACGAUCGUUAAAUCUGACCACCCAGUUAACUUGUGGACCAUGCUGGUGAACGAAGUGUAUGAGAUUUCGUCUGCAGGCUCAGAAAAGAUCACACAUGCAUUCGACAAUCUCUUCUUUGAUUCGAUCACAUUCAAGAUUAGGUUGGCCAGACGUCCUACGUAUGUGGCAAUAAGUUUGCUGAUACCAGUCAAUUUGCUGGCUAUCUUGAGUAUAAUGUCAUUCAUCAUGCCACCUGACGAACAAGAGAAGGUCAACAUUUCAGUCACAAUUUUGCUGUCCUUCACUGUGUUUUUGACUUUUAUUGACAGCAACAUACCCCCAAAUUCGGACAAUGUUUCUCUACUGUUUAUCUACAUCUCAUUGCUUUUGCUGAUGUCGUUCCUGUCUGUAGUUGGCAACAUUCUUGUCGUUACCACUAAAUGUUGGAAUGUGGGUACUCCGGAAGACUGCAUAGGGUUAUGCAGGGAUGUCAAGAACAUCAGUGAACCCCCCACGACAAAGGACAUUUGUGGUUGCUCAAGCCCUCAGUAUUUAACUCAGGAAAACAACAUCGAUUCGAUUCAACCUGAAGGUGGUGAAAAAAGAAAAUUUGUCUCAGAAAAUCGUGAAAGUACUUAUAAAAGUGUCAGCAGUUUUGCAUUAAAAUCGAAUAGAGUAUUCUUAUUUGUAAGCUGCUUUUUGUAUGUAUUCAUUACAUGCUUGAUGUUUGCAUUAAUUAGCAAGUAG